AUGACGAACUACUCCAUCCAUCUAUCUACCCGCUACCUUGCUUGCCUCGCCAGCCAUCUCUACAACGCUAAGCUUCGAGCCUCGGACAUCGACGACUUCACGCCGAGCCAUAUCGCCAAACGUCGAUAUCUCUCCCGUUCGAGCACUCACAAUCCUAUUCCCUUAACAAUCACCUACCGAAAUAACAUUAAACCUUUAUUCGCGAUGAGGUUCGCUACCGCCGUCAUCGCCUUCCUCUCCGCUGGUCUCGCACCGGUUGGUGCCAGCGUCCUCGUCCAGAGAGACCAAUCCGUCAUCGUCAACGAGGCUUCCAAGGUCCCUGGCGAGUCUCCUCUGGAGUUCUGCGAUAAGGACCACAGCAAGGACGUCGUCUCCAUCGAGAGCGUCGACCUUUCCCCCAACCCUCCUCAGGCUGGUAAGGAACUCAUCAUCAAGGCUUCCGGUACCGUCAAGGAGACCAUCGAGAAGGGCGCCUACGUCCUAUUGCAGGUCAAGUACGGCCUGAUUCGUCUUAUCAGCACGAAGGCGGACCUCUGCGAGCAGAUUGAGAACGUCGACCUCGAGUGCCCCAUCGAGAAGGGCGUCCUGAGCAUUACCAAGUCUGUCGAGCUUCCCAACGAGAUUCCCUCUGGCAAGUACACCGUCUUCGCUGAUGUCUACACCGCCGACGACGAGCCCAUCACUUGCUUGACCGCCUCUGUCGUCUUCUCCCGCAGCCAGAAGAAGAGCUUCUUCAGUCUCGAGCUUUAA